AUGUCGAGUUCUCAGGCCGUCUCUCGGACCGAGGGUCCCAGCUCAGCCACCUGGGAGAUGCACAAAGAGACGGUAAAGAACCUCUACAUCAAAGAGAACAUGCCCCUGAAGGAUGUUAUCGACAUAAUGAGAGUUGAUCAUGGUCUAGUGGCGAGUGUCAAAAUGUACAAGUAUCGGCUCAAGACUUGGGGCCUUCGCAAGAACCAACCCAUAAGGCGCAAGAACAGUGGCACAUUCGAUUCUGAUUCUAAUCUCUCGUGCGGAAGCGGUCCAGUCACGAGGGCAUCAUCUCCACUGCCUCACGCGCUGUCAACGACAGUAUUUUGGAGUACUCAACCCGAGAGUUCAGGGGCCACCGAGAACAUACUCAGGAUGCUGAACAGCUACUUUAGCAACCUCGAGGACCCCUGGACGGUACCUUUUCCGCACGUGACGGCACAAGAACGCUACCAAAUCUUGUGGAGGCGCCAACAGAGCAGCAUGGAGAUGCUGCGGGACUGCGACCCGCACUCCAGCGCCGAGAUGGCCACGCUCAACUUCUUCAUGUACCAGAUCACAACCAUGGCCAAGCAGCGCGAGUACUGGGCCUUUGUCCACGGGCUGUUCCUGCUGCACCGCUUCUCCCUGGUCCCCGGCAGCGGGCCCUUCGUCACCAUGAUGGUCAGGCAGCACCGCGACGCCCUGCGCAUCUACCUCGAGCCGGGCCACCCCCUCGAGCAGCUGUGGUCGCAGGUCGCGGACGAGGUCGACCGGCAGCAGCAGCUCCACGGCGCGCCGCUGCCGGGCGUGGUGCCGCUGGCCGCCGUCGAGGCCUGCAUGCGCUGCGUCGACGACCACCUGCGCUCGCGCCUCGGCCGCCUCGACGCCACCUACCAGGAGUCGCACCUGCGCAUGCUCACCAACGCCUCGCGGCCCCGCGACUACGCCGCCGAGGUCGUCGCCCUGGUCGACGACGCCGGCUUCCCGCCCUCCGAGAUGCGCUUCAUCCUGCAGUCCGUCCUCGUCGAGGAGCUGAUCAAGGAGUGCGUCUGCGUCGAGCUGCGGCGCUUCUCUCCCAACACGUCGUCGUCGUCGUCGUCGUCGCUGCCUGGUGCCGGCCCUACUCCCUCCACGCGCCCGCCGUCGUUUGGCGAUGCUGCCGAGGACGAAUACGAACCCGGCUUCGUGCCGUUCGACGAGGUCUUCUCCACGGACAGGGACGCCGUCGAGGUGCUCGUGCGCCUGAUUGCCCGUCUGCAGACUGCUGCUCGGUCUGGCAGGGGGCUCGGUCCAGGGGCUUUGCGCCGCAUCAUGAUCGAGGCCGCCACUGUGAUUCUGGGCGCGGAUGACAUGGGCCAAGAUCCGACAAAUAACUCUCCGCCGUCCUAUACGAUUUGA